UGGACGUCAUCUGUCUGCCCGUACGUCCGUUGUCGGAGACAAAAAGCCGCCGUUUGUUUCUCCUGCGCCCUCAGCGCUGGAUAAGUGCCUUCGCUAUCGAGGCAGUUUCGCCUCUCUUGCCUCCAAGAGGAGGACCACGCGAGAAAUGUGUACAACAACUCAAAUGUGCCUGUUGGUUGACCCCAAGAAAACAAAUCCGCUGACGCUUGCGGCUGCUCCGUCUUUAUGCGCGGGUUUUCUGGCGCAUGCCCGUGUUUGACUUGUCAUUGCUCCACGGUUUUUCUCUCACAAACGAGAGGAACAACUUGACACGGUUGACAGUCUCCUGUGCCAGCUCACACAGCGACCACCACCGGAGACACCUAAGAUUUCAUCAAAGUGCUCGAACUGGAGAUCCGUUUUCAAAAUUUUUCUCGCUGAGAUAAAGCUGACCUCCUGGCUUGCUCGGCGGCGUUCACCUGCGGAACAAGCCGCUCGUGAUUUCUUGUCUCGAUGUUUUCUCUCUGAAGGAAGAGAUAAAUGUGCAUUUGCGCCGAAAUGUUCUUCGGCCAAGAAGGUUCCCAGAUUGAGUUGGUUCUCUCGCUCCAUUUUUGCCUGGUAUUCAUUAACUGACUUAUCCCGAACUACGCUGUGUCACCCUGAAUCCGUUUGUUUUUACAUGAAGUUCUUCAAUUAUCAUCUUAAUUGCGAUGCAUGACCCUGGUUUCCUUUGUAUUAACUCUUAGCGUUCAAUUAGCUCUACCGUAACGAGAAUUGAAAGUAUGCUCGUUUUCCCCAAUUUAUUCUUGCUCGAGGCGACUUUCAGCUUCUUGAUGGCCUCUCGCCGACCCAGCCCGGGUGCCUUGUCUUUGUCUUUUAUCUGUUUUUACGUCUGCCGCGCGACGGUUGCGUUUCGCCGUUCUGACUGAGCCUUUUAUUUCGCUUUCUCACUUCACUUUUCUCUGCUCUUUGUGGUUACGUUCCUCAGUUUGGAUGCCGGUCCCGGGACCCUCUCGUGUUUCACGAAUAAUUGGAUGUGAAGACGCUGCGUGGUGUCUCUUUCUCUCGCAGCCUGUCUGUCUCUUUCCCUGCCUCCGCAGUUCGCAGAUCUGCCGCCUCUCCAGAAGAGACAGAAAAAACUGCACUCCUUCCUCAGGGUCGUUGUCCGUCUUUCUCGCAGAAAAACGCGUCGUUUUUCUUCCGUUGCUCUCUGUCGCGCUUCUGACGGCCACAGUGUCAUCACUGGAGCCACUGGUUCUCCUGUCUGUACACCGCAGACUCCACAGCUGCGUUUGCGUGCUUUCCAUCCUCCAACGAUUGUCUCCGGAAAACAUGGGACUUCUCGCCCCCGACGUGCUCUGCACGCUCCUCGUCGUUUUCUUCAUCCUUCGAGUUGGGAGCUUCCUGCAUCUCUGGCGCCUGUGGACUACCGGUUUGGCGAUCCCCGUCGGCAUCGCUCCCUCGCCUCGCAAGGACUCUUCUGGCAGCCGCGGAGACAAGCAGGAAGGCGCCGCACAUGCGGCAGGACCUCUGAAACCGAUUUCCCUGUGGCCGGUGGCGCGUCUCGCGGGUCUCGGCGUUCUGGAAGGCUUCCAGGAGUUGCGCGAAGCGUCGAAUUUUCUCCUUUCUUCACUGGGGUGCACAGCAGCUGUCGCGCUUCUUCUUCUCUUCAGAUGGCGCGUUCCUUCAGAUGGAAAACAAUUCGCAGAUUCCCUCUCCUCGCUGUCUCCUCUUUCUUCUCCUGAGGGUCGGCCGGGGGGUCUGUCGCCUCUCCCGCUUCUUCUCCUCGCCUUCGGCGCGUUCGUACGCUUGCAAUGGACCCUUCACCGUCGCUUCCUCCCUGCUCGCCGCAAACUGCCCGUCGGCCACCGUAUUGCAAUGGGAUUCUUCGUCGGAGGCGGUGUAGGCCUCGUCCUUGUCUCCGACUUCUUAGGAGUGAAUCGCCGCUUCGAGUUUACCUCGCUCCUUCCCGCCUAUUUUCGAGAGCUCUGGGGUCCUUUGAUCGAGUCUGCCGACUUCUGCGAGUGUGCUUUUGACACGCAGCUCCAUCUAUUUCAACGCGUCUGGUCCUUCUUCCUCUUCGGCGUGAAGGCCGCCUUCGUCGCCUUCCUCGCCUUCGAAGGCGCCGUCCUCGCUGCGCCGAUUCAAGUGGAAGCGAAUCUCAUUUCGGUUGCUCUUUACGCCACGGACUGCCUGCAGCCUGGAACUGAGGACGUCGUCAAGAGGCUCCAGCUGCCCUUGAUUCACCUCGAAAAACUCGCCAUUCCUCUCUUAGUUGUUCUCCCUUUCCUCUGGAUGCCCAGUGUCUACGCAACUCUCCUUUCGGAGACAGGCUUAUCUUCGCUUGGCUUCGGCGGUGUUCGCCUCCUGAUCGUGUGCAUCGCCGCGCUUCUGCUUCUUCGCCGCGCAAAACUCGCUGCUCAGGUCUCCACAGUGCUUGUCAUGCCCGCCGGAGAGGCUCGGCGCGAAGAGCAGGCAAAAACAGCCGGAGGAAGAACAGCGACGCGCCCAUCCACAGCAAACGCUUCUCGGCCUUCUUCUCCUUCGGUGCCCACACCCACCCCACAUCCAUCUCGCUCUCUGCUUCUUCGGCUUCUGGACCUGCUUGGACUUCCAGCUCGGCUCUUGAUUCUCAUGGCGCUCUGCAGUUUGCUGCUUCUUCUGCAAGCUCAACAGGGCCGCGACGGUCCGCUGCUGCUUUCGUCUCUCGCCUCCAAGAGCACCCUCGGAGAGGUCGCACCCCUCGACAUCCCGAGGAGGUCGUUGUCUCCAGUGUCUGCCUCAGUUUCUUCGAGUUCUCCGACGUCGAAAGACACUCCGUCGAGUGGUGACGCCGCCUCCACUGACGCGUCAUCUCCUGCUGUGACUGAAGGCUCCUCAAAACCAGAACGAACUGCUGCGGGCGGAUUCGUCCGGAGAGACAGCCGAGAGGCUCAUCGAACUUGCGCGCUGCUGUGGAGCUUCCUGGGCGACGCCGAACAGAGACGAAAAGGCCUUCAGACCCUUGGAAACCUUUCCGUGAGGGAAAAGAUUUCCUGGACUCGGGACGCAGCGCGCGUUCUGCUUCCCUUCAACUCUUCUUCGUUCGUGCCCUUCCUUCAGCAACUCUGCAGCACCGUUCUGGUGGGCACCGCAGCCACCGCGGCUUUUCUGUUUUCCUUCGCCUCGACUGAAGUUCGAAGGCGAGGCCUGCAGCAGCUGUCGAUUUGGGACGUCCACACCUCCUGAACGAGGAAGAAAACACGACUGAGGAAAUCCCUCGUUGAGGAAAUCUGGAAUCCGCGUUCCUUUUCGAUGUGCUGGUUCUCUCCAAUUUUUUCGCCUCCCUGGCUCACCGUAGAGAUACGUCAUUUGCAACGUGACACGGAAACGAAACCGUUGCUUUUCGUCGCUCGAACUCGUUGUUGGCUGCCUUUUGACCGUACAGGGCUGUCAAGUUUUGGAUUCAACAUCGUAGGGACUUCAAUGCUCGUGUGUUUCCUAUCUUUGUCCCCG